AUGGCUCCUCCAAAGAAAAAGACGAGUUUUACUCCAUCUGAUCAAUUUGAAGAAUUAUUACCUGAGAUAGAAGAUGAGAUUUUAGAAAUUUAUUCAGACUUGGUCGAUGAUGAAGAACAAGAUCUUUAUUUAAAUCAACUACCCCAAAUUUUCCAAACUUUAAGGAUCCCAAAUUGUUUUUCCAAAGAUAUUAUACAUUGUGUUGACUAUUAUUAUGGAUUUAUAAAGGAUAAGAAUGUUCAAAUAGAUCCGAUGAAUAAAAGACAAAGUAAUACUAUAAACAUGAUACAUGCGUAUACUAUAUCUUCAUCGAAUAUAAAGGACAUCGGAAGUAUAAUAGAUAUUAUCGACAUUGAUAAGUUGUUACGAAACUUGAAUCGAUUAAUUAAAUUCAGAAAUAAUUACAAACACAUACUAGCUAGUUGGAAAUUAUUUGUCACCAGUGCCAAUAAUGGCAAACCAACAAUGACAACCUCAUCACUUGAAUCAUACCAAUUGACAUUUCCAGAUCUUAAACAAAUUAAAACCAACCUCAACCUAGAUGCAGACCCAGCUACGAAAACUCCUCUUAGUGACUCAUUCCUAAUUGAUAUGUUAGGCUGUUGUUCCACUGAUCGAGACGGGUAUUUAUUGAAUUUUGACUUUGACAAACACGGAGCUUGUGUAACCAUAAAAGAUUUUGCUGCAGUUUUAGGGAAUAUAGGCGAAUUAAACUAA